AUGGCACAACACAUCCCCCAUUUCCAGCCGUUUCUGUUUUGUGUCUCUGAACUCACAAUUGACUAUAAGCCUAAUCGGGCACCACGAUCGACCCCUGGUGAUCGAUACUGGGUGCCGCCUGCUGACAGAGGAGAUUUCCGCAAGCAGCAAUCUCAAUGGUACGCGUGGAAUCCUAGACGACAACAGACGUCGAGAGACUUCCGCCACAUACACCUUGCCACGGCUCAGGACGGCCGUGAUAAUGGCCAGACCAAGACUUGCUCCAUUUUUUGGGACCCCGAGCGGCAUGGCUACGUCCUGGUUCCCUUCGACUGCACCAUGAGGAGCGAUCACGAGAUCACCGACUGGCGCCGACUUUCCUUCAGGUCGGAGAGGACUCAUCCCCAACGGCACAUCGCCCUGGCAGGCUACGAGAUGGCGGAUUUCAAGUUACCUUUUGUCGGUCCACAGGCAUGGUUCGAUCGCAGUCAACUGUUGAGUGCCGUGUACCGUGGCGAAGGAUCUGGUGGAAACAACACCGGCCAGCAGGCUAAUAGGCAAUGCGGCUUGGCUGGGAAUUUGGCCGUGCUCAUCGCCCUGCUGGCAUUCUCGACCACCCCGGGACAGGCCCAUGUCGCGGUCGAUCGGUCUUUCCGUCCCAACAUCGCCAGUACCACCUUUCAGCCACACAAUCGUCCCGUUUCCCAUAGAAACACCAAACGUGGUAUGGUGGUCGAGAUCCGCGUGCCAGAUCUCGCCACGCUUCGACAAUGGGAGAAUGGCAGGCACGGGCCGAUCUUCACUUGAGCCCGAGGGGGCGGCCAUGAG